AUGGUCGCUACUUCGUUGUUAGAAAAAGUAUUAAACGCGCCGUCGUCGUCGCAGGAGUCAUUGCACGACUUAUCCGUUUUUUUGUCUACAUUCGACGAAAAUAUUUUUUUAUUAUCCGCGAUGGACAUUCUCGACCUCGGGUCGUUCAUUUUGUUUACUUCGGCUUUCCGUGCGUUACCACUCGCUACUCGCAAAUUAUUUGAAUCCACCAUGACAAAUAACGACGUUUAUCCAUCAGUCGAUAAACUACUGAAAUUCGUGCGGGAUCGUAUUACUGUAUUAGAAAAUGUGGGCGAGCCACGGAAGACUAGUGCCAAGCCGAAGCCGUUGCUUGUGACCGGGCCGUACGUCAGCCGCCGUUCGGGGAAAAGUAAGCCCGUGGCGCUGGUCGCCGCGAAACCCACGGAGAAUCGUCCGCAGACUACCACCAACCCGUGUUCAUGUUGUCAGGGUUCGCACUACAUCAGCACGUGUCCGAAGUUCCGAUCAUGGUCACUGGACGAUCGGAAUCGAUGGGCCCACGAAAAUAAACAAGAAAUUCGUUUGCCCAAACCGGUGUAUAUUUCCCCUUAA